AUGGCCUCUGGGGAGGGGAGGUACAAGGCCAAAGGCAGCUCCACCCUGGGGCAGGUGCCAUUUCUGAACGCUGCUGGAGCCAGUAGUGCCCAGGAGGAGCAGGCACAGCUCUGUGAGCAGCUCCAGAAACAACAGGUGUGCUGCCAGCACCAGGCUCACCCGAUGGCCUCGGCCUUGAGGGAGCCGGAGGCAGCGGCCGUGGCCACAGGGACUGGGAGUGAGUGUGGGUGUGGGGAGACCCAGCGGGCCCUGCAGGAAGCCAUCGACAAGCUGCAGAGAGGCUUCAUUGACAUUGUGAAGGAGAAUGCGGACCUCAAGGAGCGGGUGGAAAAACUAGAACUCGGAUUCAUCCAGCUCUCUGGAGAGAGAGACAUGAUAAGAAAGUCCAUCAAACCAAAUGACCGUCAGAGGGCGGUGGCCAAGACCCAGCAUCAGAAGAAGAACGAUGUUAGCAUGCGGUCCGAGGCCGAGGAGGGGAUGAGGGGAAGGUGUACAACAUCUCUACAGGGGUGA